AUGAUCGUAAAGGACCUACCAGAAAAAUUCAUCAAACUCCGCGCCCAAGUCCUCUCCAAUUCAUCGUAUCUAGCCGCCCUCCCACCCGCCGAACUAGAAACCCUCGAAAGUCCCGAAUCAAAAUACCUCGUCGGCUGGUCCUGCGGCAAAGAAACCCUCAAAUCAGGCCACUACGACACACACAAGGGCUCCUACUACGUAAACUGCGCCUUCUACCAAGACGCAAGCCUAAAUAACGCCCCGGCCGACAAUUUCCCGGAUUUCCCGCAGUACACGGCGCCGAAUAUCUGGCCUGAUGCGGGGAAAUUGCCCGGGUUUCGCGGUGGGGUGCAGGAGCUUUGCUCGCUGAUUAUCGAUACUGCGGCGCUGGUGGCGCGGGCUUGUGAUCGGUUUGCCGAGAAGGAGAUUGAUGGUUAUGAGGCUGGGUAUUUGCAGCGGGUUGUGAGGGGGAGUUUGACUACUAAGGCGAGAUUGUUGCAUUAUUUUCCUUCUGGAGGAGAGGACGAAGGGUCUAACGGUGACGCUGAUGAUGAUGACUGGUGCGCUACGCAUGUUGAUCACGGGUGCUUAACGGGUCUUACGUCGGCUAUGUUUCUCGAUGAAGAAGCGUCUCCUCCUUCUCUGCCUUCGUUGGCUACGGAUGUUCUUCCUGAAUUGUCGUCGUCGCCGGAUCCAGCGGCGGGAUUGUAUAUUCGUUCGAGAACGGGGCAGAUUGUCAAGGUUAAUAUUCCGAAGGACUGUCUGGCUUUUCAGACCGGGGAGGCGCUGCAGAUAAUUACCAAGGGGAAGUUUCGGGCUGUGCCGCAUUUUGUGAAGGGGGCGAGGACGGGGACGGGGCAGAUUGCGAGGAAUACUUUGGCGGUGUUCACGCAGCCGAAUCUUGGGGAGGAGGUGGAUGAUGGUGUUACUUUUGCUGAGUUUGCGAGGGGCGUUGUGCAGAAGACUUACUAG